AUGGCAACUCCUUCGAAACCAAACCCAGGCGCGACGCCCACCUACUUGACAUCCUCACCUCGGCCUUCUGGUGGGCCUAUGAACCGCCAGAUGUCCCUCAAAUCUCCGUCUACGAGAACACCGUCAGUCUCAGGUCACCUCCAUAGUAAUCACCACGCUCCCUCGUCGAAUCAGUAUGCCACGCCCCUCGCGGUAACAGCAGAGAACGACAACGCCAUCUCUUUCAGCUCACCAUCCGCUCUACUUGCUCUCGGAGCCUAUGGCGGUAUCAGCCCGUCGCCCGUCGUCCACGAUGCAUUAGUAGGGUCAGGGAUAAACGAUGGCGACAUCCAGGCCCUAGGGAUGCCCGGACUGAAGCUCGGGAAUGCGAGAGACAAUGACGAAGAGCGCAGAAGGCAUAUUGAGGAGGUGGUGCAGCUUUUGCGGGCACGUGUUGCUGGUAGAGGUGUGAGUAGGGAAGGCAUUGAGCGGUUAGGCAGCCUCGAGCGCUUCGAGUCGAUUUGGCAAGACGACAAUCUCAACAUCGCUGGCAAUUUUGUCGACCUAGAGAUCGAGUUUCACCGCGGACAGAAUGUGGUCAAGGACGUUAGCCUGCAAUAUGUGACGCCGGAGGCUACCGACGGGGGACGCCGCGAGGAGGCCACGGCGGUUCUCAAAGGCGAUUUAGUCCAGUCAACGGAGGAUGGCGAACGGGGAUCUUGGAAGAGAUUGGAUAAUUUCCACAAGAAUUUGCAUUGGUUGGCACGGCUUGAUAAACUGAGCGAAGAGGUGAACUGCUUUGAGGCUAUUGAGGGUCUCUACGCGAGUCUAAAACGGUUAUGGAACGAAGAAAGCUCCCAAAAAAAGUUCUCGGGCGAAUACGAACACCUUUGUAACGGCUGGAUUGGGCGGCCCAGCCUGCAUAGAGGUGGUCGGAUGGGUCUAUGGUUGGAUUACUGGGUGCCGCGAGCUCAGGUGAUGGACCGGAAACACCAGAAAUCUCCCGACGCCAUGGUGACCGAUCAGACACCUGAACAUUCUGCCGGUGAUGAAUCGAAGUAUCCGAAUAGCGAUUGGAGGAUUGCGAUUGAGUGCGAAGAAGGCUACCCGUCACUCCGUGUGUCGAAAGACUGGCUUGGAUCUGAAGUCUUUACAGUUGUCAACAAUAAUGGAGACGCGCCCUCGUCGAAUGAACCGAACGAAUCCGGCGUUACCGUGGUCAACUGGGCCGAUCCGCCGCCAACUCUCACUGGUAAUCAAGGGUCCUCGGGGGGCAUGGACCUUGACUCUGGCAUGUUGGGCUCAUCUUCCCCAAAUCGUCGGUUCGUCGCGAAGAUGGUGCCACCAAUUGACAUCCCGAUUUUAGCAGCGGCAGAGAUAUACCGACACUUGGGUAUGCAGAUGCCUCAGGAUUUCAAGAUGCUAAGUUAUGAUGGCCUUCUUGCCCCAGGAUGGUCGCCAUUGCCUGCGGCGGGAGCUCUAGGGCUAGACCACGAGGAUCCAACGAAAACCGGUCGGAAACGGAGCAGAAUAUCUGUUCAGUCGGUCGAUGAGAAUGGCAAGCCUACCAUCAAGCGACACAGCUAUACGUUUCAGCCAUUUGAAUCUGUUGGUGCGCGAACUGUGAAAGACCUUGCCUUUUCUCACCCACGGCAGCUUGCAGAUAUUCUUCCGACACUCCGCCAGUAUGCUUUCCUUGCAAAUCUGAUCCGAAACACAUUUCCUGUCGCCUCGAAACAUGAAGCGGGGAAAGCUCCAGAACAGAUUCAAAAGCAAUCCCCAGAAAAGGACAAAGCGAAAUGCAACAUAACAAUCCUGACCAACGAAAAUCCCAACGAGAAGAAACUGAACAUGUUAUUGGGUUUGCAACAGCAAGAGGGUGUUAAGUCCGAAGAGGGCCAAAUUGACGGCGAGACCACUCCCAGCGACGAGCUCAAAGUAGACGUGACACUACGCACACAGCUUGGACAAGCCCCGAUGAUCAUGUUGCUAUUUGCCGUUGACCGUCCUCCGUCCUCGGACUCUACUUCCGACGACCUUUUCUUGACCAAGGUCUCGAUCAGUUUUGAAGUUGGGCUAAAUGGACGCGUCUCGAUGGUGGAGGUGACGGGAUUGCUUGAUGACGAAGACAACUCUGCCAAUGACGCGAACGUAAACACACAGGCCGCUGAUGCACCGACGCAACAACUGCAGAGCAAGUUGGCUCAAGUGCUCGAGACGUCCCAAGACAUUGGCAUCUUAGUGGAAUGGGUCCUCCGAUGGGUACGUCGGCGGCAGAGCCGGGGAUGA